AUGAAGUGCUUCCAUUUCACCAACGGCGAGAGGCGCGGCGACGACGACGACGCCCCCGGAGUCGUUUCCCGCGCCCCCUCCAAGGUCUCCUGGGCGCGCUCCCUCAGCGUCGCCUCCAGCAGCUACGACAACACCAACUACAACAACCGCCGCUCCGAGUUCGACAACUCCGACUCCCGCGACAUUUCCGACUCGGCGGCCUUCUUCGACCUGCUGAGUCAGCGUCGGGCCAAUGAUCUGAGGGUCUUCGCCUUCUCCGAGCUCAAAUCGGCCAGCCGCGGGUUCAGCCGGGCCUUGCUGAUCGGCGAGGGAGGGUUUGGGUGCGUUUACCGUGGGAUCGUUAACGACGACGGAGCUAAAAUGGACGUUGCUAUCAAACAGUUGAAUCGUAACGGCUUCCAGGGGCAUAAGGAGUGGAUCAAUGAGGUGAACUUUUUGGGAGUUGUUAAGCAUCCGAAUCUAGUGAAGUUAGUUGGAUACUGUGCGGAAGAUGAUGAGAGGGGGAUCCAGCGGCUUUUGGUUUAUGAACUUAUGCAUAAUAGAAGCCUGGAGGAUCAUCUGUUGGUUCGAUGCCCGUCACCGCUCCCGUGGAUGACGAGACUAAAAAUUGCUCAGGAUGCAGCUCGCGGAUUGGCGUACCUGCAUGAGGAAAUGGAUUUCCAGCUAAUAUUCCGGGAUUUUAAACCGUCGAAUGUUCUGCUAGAUGAGGACUUCAAUGCAAAGCUUUCAGACUUUGGACUAGCAAGGCAAGGACCUCUCGAGGGAAUGACUCAUGUUUCAACUGCAGUUGUGGGGACGGUAGGGUAUGCGGCUCCAGAAUAUGUACAGACAGGUAAACUAACCGCUAAAAGUGAUGUCUGGAGCUUUGGAGUGGUGCUCUACGAGCUCAUCACAGGAAGAAGAGCGAUGGAGAGAAAUCUGCCCCGGAGUGAGCAGAAACUUUUGGAAUGGGUCAGACCAUAUGCUUCAGAUUCAAAGAAAUUCCAUCUUAUUGUAGACCCACGACUUGAAGGACAGUAUUGCAUCAAGUCAGCUCAGAAGCUGGCAUCGUUAGCUAACAAGUGUCUAUCAAAACAACCAAAGUCUCGCCCGAAAAUGAGUGACGUGGUUGGGAUUUUGGGAACUAUCAUCGAUGAGCAGACACCUCAAGAUGAAGUUGCUCCUCAACCUGUUAUCGAAACUGACGAGGCAAAGGAAGAAACUUUGGAGGUGGCUGAGAUUGAAUCUACUACCAAACAAGGAAACAAGAAUCUGAAAAAGGUUUUUGAUAUAAAAGAUAUGGUAAACUUUAGAAACAAAUCUAUCGGGAAGUUAGAUUGGAGAAACUGGACCCCUGGGUUGAUACGAACUUGGUGAUAAAACUACCUGCCUGAUCGUUGCAGAGAGAAAGUGUAGAGGAGACUGAGACUGAAUCUAGCAAACAAGAAAGCAGAUACCUGAAGAGGGUUUCUAUACUAAAGCAAUGGUAAACUUUAGAAUGAGAUCUAUUUAAGAAAUUAGAUUAGCAGUGACUGGCUUGGUUGAUAAAAACUGGUGAUAAGGGUAUCAGCCAGCUUGUGGUAGAGAACAUCCGUGUGCUUGGCUCCUUCCAGGAAAUGGAACAUGGACGCAUAUCUACCUUUGUACUGAAGACGGUAUAGAUUACUUCCUGUUCUUCAAGAGUUAUGGGAGGUACACCGGCUUAUUCUCUUGUUUUUGUUUUGCUUGAUGAUUGUAAAUAAUAAUGGACUGGGAAGCUGCACUUUGGAGGCAUGCAUCCCUUUUGUUAAAUACACAGUUCAUUGACUUCAUUCUCUCCCAUGUAAAUAUGUAACAAAGUAUAUCAGUUUUGUCAAAAUCUGGUACAGUAUAUGAUGGGUUUACAAG